AUGGAGAGUAGUCACAUUAGGGAGCCGAAGGGCCAAGCAUCAGACCGUGAUAUGAAUUCAAAUAAAACAAGUCAAGCAUCUGAAGAACUCCAAAGCAACUUUAAACCUGAAUUGAACGAGCAGCUAGAGUCGCACAACCAAGUUGUCAAUGCUUUACAAUCACCAGAACAUGAAGAAGAAGACGUAAAUGAAACAUACUAUAACUUUCAACUAUUUCUUGACCAAAUACAGGAUGCUAGGUGUGCACCAUUGAUUAAGUAUACAAGAUCCUUUCUGCGAAAUUUUGUUACACAGCGUGCAAUUUGGUCCGCUACAGAACAGGAUAAGCUUAUCAAAGAUUUCAAAACAUUUAUUUAUUCAAAGUAUAAGGACUUCAAGCCAUUCAGUGAUUUGAACAAAACUGAAUUAAGAAAUGCAGAGGAAGGUAUGGAAAAACUCCUGACUGGUAAGCUUUAUCACCAUUUAUUUUCACCAUUAUUAGCAGAAAGAGCCAAAGCCGCUGGAAUUGAAGCUGACAAGGAACAUUUGGAUGAUAUCGAGAAGGAUAAAAUGUUCAUAAAGAAAGUUGCAGAAUUCAAAUUUAUAGAACCAACAAAUUUAGACAUUAGUUUCCAGAAUGUGAAAAGGGUUAAGAAAUUUACUAGCUUUGCUAGUAUUGAGCUAAACAAAAUGAACAACUUCAAAGCCCCAAGAGACAAAAUGGUUUGCAUUUUAAAUGCCUCUAAGAUAUUGUUUGGUCUCAUGAAACAUUCAGAAGAAACUGGUGCUGAUUGUUUUGUUCCAUUACUAAUUUACACACUAUUAAGCGGUAAAAUUGAAAACCUUGUCUCCAAUAUAAAUUUCAUCGAGAGGUUCCGUUAUUCUUCUUUAUUCCGUGGAGAAGAAGCUUAUUAUCUAAGCAGUUUACAAGCGGCUUCUAAUUUUAUACUGAAACUUGAUAAAAAAUCGUUGACUAUAGAGAAUGAGAAAGAUUUUGAUACCAAAUAUGAACAGAAUAUCGAAAAUGUAAAGCAAGAUCAGCUACAAAAGGAAAAACUACUUAAGGAAACCAAGCAGGAAGAAUCAUCCAACAUGCUCGAUGACGUCUCGAAUAUGGUUAUGAAUAAACUGAAUGAGUUUUUUAUUCAAGAUGAACCUCAGAAAGAAAAGAAGAAAGAGGUCCACCAUAAAGCCAAUUCAAAAAAUGAAGAUGGUGAAGUAGCUUCAAUGAUCAAACAGCUAGAGGCAAAGGAACACCAAGAAACUGUAGAGACACUAACAUCUAUGUUUCCUGAUCUGGAUGUUGAGAUUAUAGAAGAUGUUUGUAUUGCUAAAAAACACAGAAUUGGCCCCUGUGUUGAUGUAUUACUGACACUAUCCAAUUAG